AGGAAAUAACACUGAGGCGGCCCCAGAAGAGUGAGAACUGACGGAGACGCCACAUACCGGAGUUGUUUAUAGCUGACCAAAGCCUGUUGACUGGAGGAAGAAUAACGAACAACACUGUGGCAAAAUAAAUAUCGAGGGCGCUGAAAAACAGACGCAGUAAGCCGACAAAUGAUGCGAAAGAUGCCUGGUCAACUCCACAGCCUGAAGCCCAGAAAGAGGAAGAGCAGCUCCAGAAAGACUUCUGCAAGGAGGAGAUGUGCGAAAAAUCCAAAGACACAAUCAGCAACAGAGAGCACUUCAGUAGUCGGUGGUUACAGCAAAGCAGACGGUCCUCUGGAGAGACUCUCUCUCAUCAGCUGUGAAUGUCACCAGUCUGCAGGCAGGAGGAGAUGCUCGGCAUCACCAGAGCUCGAAGGACAGGAGGGCAAAGAAAAUGAACUGAGGACGGGGCUGGAUUUGGACAGUUGCGGAAUGUACGGCGUCUGGGACAAACAGGACUCUGAGGUCAUGGAUUGUGAAGACACCAGCAAAAACAUCUACCCGGAUGACGACAGUAAUCAGAUUCUUCCUGUGGAGCAGUUCUUUGGAAACUUGGAUACUGUACAGGACUUCCCUCAGAGAUCGUCAGGGACUUCAACCCAUGUCCACAGGGAGAACAGGAGGCGACAUUACUACGCACCAGAGGACAGCGAUGAAGAGGAGUUGGGCCUCAGUAAUACGGAGCGAGACGAGAGAGUGGAGACUUAGUGAAGAGGAACUGCACUGAUGACUGUGGUGGACUCAAAGUCCUGCCUGUGGAAGGACAUGAUGUUGCUCAGCACUUAUUAUAAAGCGGCCAAAUGUAUUCAGAUACUGCAUCCAAUCAGUCCUUAGAUCGUAACGCUGUCACACAUGCACUGUGUGAGUUACUGGUGAUGAGCAAGGGCGGCAUGACGUUGCUGUAGCUGAGUCUGAUGUUGGCCUACCAUCACGUACAAGCCAACAUUGUAUAUGUGUAUUUGCUUUGAACCUGCUUCCAUUACCCCGUCAUGAACUGUGUGAUUCAUCACAACUCAAAAACUCAUAAUCACAGAACUCAUCCACUGGUGUUUAUGACUGUGUUAACUGUUUAAAGCAAGUUCUUUGUGGAAAUAUACAAUUGUUGACUUGACAAGGACCGUCCAGAUGCACAAAGAUGCUUAAGUGUUUUCAACCCUUAAUGGUUAGUCUGAAAUCUGAGUAUUUUAAUUGAUAUUUUUUUAACAUAGUUACAGUCAUGGGAUUAAUAUAGCCACGUGUGGGGAACAUAUAGUGCCUGUUUAUUAUUUAUUGCUGAAUAUAUGCCCACACCACCCAUGGUUUAGUCAGCUUUGCCUCACCUGGCUGAUGUGUGUGGCAUGGCACUUUAUUUAGACAAAUGAGUCCACCUAACAUACCGCUUCAUAAUUUUAGGGCAGUUUGAGAUUAGCCUUGAGAGAUGCCAAACAGUGUUGCAUUGAAACAACAAACUCGGAAGGCUUUUUCUUCUCACAAAUCUACAAAUUACAAGUUCUAAAAUGUAAAAUGCAGAAAUAACAUGUUGAUAAAAGCAGCACAAAGAUAGAUUUCAUGGCCUGGUUUCGGACUGUGUAAAUGUGGUAGGGCAGCAGGGUGCACGCGCCAAAGAGCAGAUCCAUAAUAAGAGCUUUUAAUAUUACAUAUUCAGUGUUUAAGAUGAAUGUCAUUGCUCACUAAGUGUCUAAUAUUUCUCAUCAACACAUCUUAACGUGCCAUGGUUUUGGUUUUGGCAGCUGUUUAACAUACAACACAUCUGUAACAUAACAUAACACAUUUAUAUCAGUGCAGCUAAUAAUUAGCCUUGAUGAGCAGGCACACAGAAUUCCAAUAAUACCUUUGGAGAUUUAAAAAUAAAAUGACCUGAAAUAUUGUUGAUUAUAUUACAAGCAAAUAACCAAAAACAUCCUGCUAAAUUCUACGGAUUUUCAUUCUGGACCACUUAUGAAAACUGUAAAAAACACAAAAAGAAAAAAAUACAAAUAGACUAGAUUCUAUAUGAAAGAUGUUUUAUUAAAAAAUGUGGACUUAAAAUGUUUCUUAUAAAAGUUUUUUAGCUUGUCAGUAAAGUGAGGAUAACUUAAAUCUCACAUUAAAAAUGAAAUCUGGUCAUCAGAUUUCUUUGUUAACAGUAAUUGCACUAGUGCUUUUCACUCCUAUGCAACUUUCUGACCGAGUGAAUGCCACAUUGUAUUAAUUCAUGCAUUUUACAUCACCGUGCCAACAUUAAGAAAAAAUAAAAAAGCUUUUUCAUGAUUUCAA